CAGAAGCCAAACCGCCCUUUCCAAUUCUUCCGAAUUUCUUCGAGUUAGGGUUGCAAAACCAACCCUUACUCUUUUUCUUCACAAUUUGCAGGAAUUUUCUCACGAAGAGCUUUUCUGAUCGAUCAUGGUUUGAUGCUAAAGUUUCCCGGGUGGCGGUCUUGGUAUGAAAUGUAUAGCCUCUAUGAUGGUGGAAAUGCAGAAACUUACCUGAUUCAUAUGGAGCUGAUCCAAACUUGCAAUUGACAACUCCACCUCUUGGGCAAGUUGAAACCAUGUAUCACGAGGGAGCCCCUGAGUUCAUGGUAGAUCACGGAUUGUAUUAUCCUUCUGCCACCAAUUAUGGAUAUUAUUGUACAGGUUUUGAAACACCCGUUGAAUGGGAGGACAACCAUUCUUUUUUUAGCACAGAUGGUCCAGAUAUCCAAUAUGCAGGUGCCCAAUCCCAAUCUGAAAAUUUGCCUUUUGUAUAUUACACACCUAGCUAUGGAUAUGCACAGUCUUCAUACAACCCAUACGACUCUUAUAUUCCCGGUUCUGUGAUGAGUGAUGGCUCAUUUGUAGGGGGACAACAAUAUUACACCAUUCCUCCUUACCAGAAUCCUGUUUCUUCACCUGCAAUCGUUCCUAUUGUUAUUCAACCAGGCAUGAUCCCAAAUAGUUCUCAAGAUCCAUUGUUGGAUUUUCGUGCAUCAGUUGCUAGCAGGCCUGAUGGAAGAGCCUUGAGACAAAUUCCUACUUCUGCAGCUUUUCCAAGAACCUCUCUGAAACCUGCUUCAAAUCAAACAAAUUCCUUGACCAAGGGAGAUGGACCAAGUGAGCAGUCUGCAGUCCAUGAAAGUGUUUCUAGUAGUUAUUCUUCUCCGGCUUCAACAUAUAGUCAUCAGGGUAGAAAUCCUGUUGGUUCAAUUCAACCUACCAAUACAUUUUCUGGCAGGAAACUUCAGUCUCAUUCUAACAAAUUGAAGGUAGAGCUUCCUGUUAGUGCUAGCUUCUCAGAUAUUGGAUCAGGUACCACCAGAGGAGCCAUGCUUGAUAAGCUUCGACCAACAAUUAAUGCUGGAAAAGCUCUGAGGGAUGCAAACAGCAUUCCUAGUACAUUGAGUGAACAGAAUCGAGGACCUAGAACAAAUAGAAUAGAAAGUCAACUUUCUGUUAAAGCUUAUACCACCAAAGUGGGAGGUAGUAAUUCUGAAGGGAACAUCAUUAUCUCUACUAAGCAAUACAACAGGGAUGAUUUCCCAAUUGACUAUGUUAAAGCAAAGUUUUUUGUGAUAAAGUCGUAUAGUGAGGAUGAUGUGCACAAAAGCAUCAAGUACAACGUCUGGUCAUCUACAUCCCAUGGAAACAAGAAACUUGAGGCUGCUUAUGACAACACACAGAAAACAACCCCUGGAAGACCUGGCAGUUGCCCCAUCUUCCUUUUCUUUUCUGUUAAUGCAAGUGGACAAUUCUGUGGUGUUGCUGAGAUGAUUGGCCCGGUUGACUUCCAGGUGGAUAUGGAUUUUUGGCAGCAAGAUAAGUGGAGUGGGAGCUUCCCUGUCAAGUGGCACAUGAUAAAAGAUGUUCGUAACAGUCAUUUUAGGUCCAUCAUAUUAGAGAACAAUGAGAAUAGACCAGUGACUAACAGCAGGGAUACACAGGAGGUAAUGCAUAAGCAAGGAAUGGAGAUGCUCAAAAUAUUCAAAGCCCACCCAGUGAAGACCUCUUUACUUGAUGACUUUUUGUACUAUGAGUAUCGGCAGAAAAUCUUGCAGGAAGAGAAAGCCAGGCUGCUCACUAAAAGCUUUAAGAGUCCAAUCCUGGUGCCUCCAGUGGAUAGUGCCAACAAGCAAACUAUAGUUUGCCUUCCUUCGAAAGAUAAAAAGAUAGUUAAGCAUGGUUCUGAGUCGUUGAAGAAAAGUGUUACCUCAUUCACUGGGAUAUUUCCUACAGUUACCAAAACAACUGAUACAACUAAACAAGGUGCAGUUGAAGCUAAAGGAGAUGUGCCUUCGUUGAAGAUUGGUUCACUCACUAUAAACCCAAAGGGAGCAGAGUCUAAACCCUUCACUGGUGCUGCAGCAGUGGCUGCCGAUGAUGUGCCUGUUGAGAUUGUCACUGUAGGGUCGUUGCCUGUGAAAGUAAAUGGCUUUGCUGAAUCUUCUGGUUUCUUAACAGUUGGUACUAUUCCUCUUGAGCUUGGUGCAUUAAAGCCUGAUGAAGAAGGUUCUUCUGCAAAAAGGGGUUUAAAAAAUUAAUCACCUGGAGGUUUCUGAUUUAACUUGAAGUUAAUUUCAGCUGAAACAUAUUUUAUUCCUGGAGUUUUUGGUGCAGGAUUGAUACACACAGCAGUAUAUUGUACUCGUUUCAGGUCUGAUGCGCAAAAUACUUGCUUCAGUUCAGCUUUUGUUUGUCCUCUUUUAACCAAUUUGGUAUACUUACAAAAAUUGUUUCGAUUUAAGACUCUACACCAAUGUCUUCUUUUGUUAACAACAUUUUUCACCAUUGAACUCAGGUGGAAGUACAGUACGAUCCCUUGCCUUUUGCAAUGCAAUAUAUUUAUGAUACUUCC